UCCCCACUUACCUAAGCCAUUCACCAGGCUCACCAUCACCCAGCUGAUUCAUCACCUUGCUAACAGCACACACAUUAACUGCAGCACAGAUUAGAGGAGGAGUGCGGUAAUUGUUCAUUUGCUUCUCAGUGCAUGUGUGCAGUGUAUGUGAGAGAACGUCUGUGUUGAGCAAAUGUGUUCAUGGUGCAUCUAGAGUGUGUUUGUGAGAGAACGAAACAGAGGCAGAGAGAGUGAGAAAGGGAGGGAGAGAGAGAGAGAGAGAGCUAGAGAGAGGACGUGUGUUAGUGAGAGCUAGGAAGAAGGAUGGCUGCUCAUGUUUGAACUGCCUCAGAUGCUCACAGGGAGAGUCAAGGCAAAAAUUCAGUAAAGGCAGAGAAACAGACGUCUCACUGGGGGACGCAUCUUGUUCAUCAUUUGUGGGGAAGCAGAAAAGAUUUGGCAAUGCCCGCUGAAGUGAAAGAGGAGCAGAGUUCAGAGGGGCCUCCUGCAUCAUCUUUGUCCCAGGAGGCUAAAGAGGUGACUCUGGAUAACCCAUCCACCAGUGAUGAACUGGACACACCCACUUCCAUCACCUCUGUGGUGACUUCUACCAAUGAGAGCUCCACAGAGAGCGACACCCCCCAGCAGACAGAUACUGAGGAGUCUAAGACCACGGAGCAAGAGGGCGAGCAUGGCCCAAGUGAGACCCCAGAAUCCUCAGAGACACAGCUGGAGAACCUCCAAACAUCAGAUGCACCUGAUCUCACAUCGACUCCUGUGGUUCAAGACAACACUCCUACUGACCAAUCUACUCCUGAAUCGAGUGCUGAACCCAGUGAGUGUGUUACACCAACCACAACAACCAACAGCACUGCCACAGCACCCCCACAACCUCAGGUGGUAACACAGUCCAGGGAGUCUCAGCUGGCAAAUCCAGACACCCAGAGCAGAGUGUACACCCUGCCUGACAGCUACAGAGGUAUCGGUGGUGACUUAUGUGGAGGGUAUGGAAGCCUGUCCCGUGCCACCGUCCACAGCUACUGGUCUGCCAAAACCUUCCAGCCUGGGGCUCACUACACCUUACCCUUCCUCAGGGACAGCUAUGCUCCCACAGGACUCAGCAGCCAGACUGAGGAAGAUGGCCUAAGUGAACGGGGAGAAUCCCCUCUGGACAUGAAGACUGACCACCCAGCUGCCAGUUAUCCAACACUGGGGGGCAUCCACCCGUUCAGGCCAAUUACCACUAUGGAGCUUCUCCGGGAGCCCUCGCGAACCAGAAGUGGAUAUGAUGACGCCUUCAUGGCUCAGCUGGAGGGCAACCUGAAUCCCUUCUUCCAGGCCAUGUACCGAGCACAGACCCUGCAGUUCCCCCACAAACGCAGCAGCAUGGUCAGCCUGGACAGCAUCCGAAGAGACCCGCGCUGGAGAGACCCCAAUCUGCAUGAGGUGAUCUCGAUGCUCAGCCACCCAAUGGACCCAGUCAAGUCCAAUGCUGCUGCUUAUUUGCAGCACUUGUGUUAUGAGAAUGAUCGCAUAAAGCAGGAGGUCCGCCAGCUGAAUGGAGUGCCAAUCUUGGUGGAACUACUGGAUCAUCCUAAGGCUGAAGUCCACCGCAAGGCCUGUGGUGCAUUGCGCAACAUAUCCUAUGGAAAAGACCACAAUAACAAAAUGGCCAUCAAGAAUUGUGAUGGCAUCCAAGCAUUAGUCAGACUACUGAGGAAAUCCAGCAGCAUGGAAGUUAAGGAGUUAGUCACAGGCACUUUGUGGAACCUCUCUUCACACGAGCCUCUGAAGAUGGCAGUCAUCAACCAUGGGCUUCAAACACUGACUGACGAAAUCAUCAUCCCAAACUCAGGAUGGAGAAGAGACUCUGUAGAGCCCUCCAAACUGCAGAGUGCAGAGUGGACCACGGUCUUCAAGAAUACCUCUGGAUGUCUGAGGAACGUCAGCUCAGAUGGGGCGGAGGCUAGACAGAGGUUGAGGGAGUGUGAGGGGUUGGUGGAUGCCCUCAUUCAUGCUCUUCAGUCAGCUAUUGUCAACAAGGACACUGACAAUAAGUCAGUGGAGAACUGCGUCUGCAUCCUUCGGAACUUGUCCUAUCAUGUUCACAAAGAAAUACCAGGAGCUGAGCGAUUUCAGGAGCCCGGUGCCAGUCAUCUGAUGAGGGGGCACCAGAAGAAGAAGAAUGAGCCUGAUUGUUUUGGAGGGAAAAGACCCAAGGAGGAGUGGUUCAGUCAAGGCUGGAAAAAUGGAUUUAUGGACAGAAAAUACGGUACAUUGGAUUUACCAAAACGUACAGAACAAAUGAGAGGGUUGGAGCUGCUGUACCAGCCAGAGGUGGUGAGGCUCUACCUCUCUCUUCUCACCUGCAGUCACAACCACAACACCCUGGAGGCAGCUGCAGGAGCGCUGCAGAACCUCGCCGCCGGACAGUGGGCUUGGUCCAGCUACAUCCGAGCCACAGUGAGAAAAGAGAAAGGGCUGCUGAUUCUGGUGGAGCUGUUGCGCUCAGAUGUGGACAAAGUGGUGCGAGCUGUGGCUAUUGCUCUUCGCAAUCUGGCCAUGGACAAAAGAAAUAAAGACCUAAUAGGGAGCUAUGCUUUGAGGGACCUUGUUGGUAAUCUGCCAUGUGGGCAGCAGCACCCAGCGAAGAAUCUUGAGGGUGAUACGGUGGUGUCUAUUCUGAACACUAUACAUGAGCUCAUCACAGACAGCCCAGAGAAUGCCCGAGCCCUCAUACAGGGUCAUGCUGUACAGAAACUGGUGGCCAUCAACAAAUCAAGCCAAUCGGCACGUGACACCAAGGCAGCUUCGCAUGUGCUCCAGACAAUAUGGGCCUACAAAGACCUGAGAAGCACUCUGAACAAGGCAGGAUGGAACAAGAGCCACUUUAAGCCAACAUCUGCUGGAGGGACAAAAAAAUCCAAGAGUGGAAAGCAAGGCAGCGAUGAUAUCACCUUGCCUCUUAUGGACAAAAGCCAAGAUGUAUAUUCCAGCUUAGAGCCAAAUGACAGAGUUGGAGAUGGAAAAGGGCCUGUUGUGGAAAGAGAUACUCCUCAGGUGAUAAGUGAAAGAAAGCACUUCAUCAGAGCUGGCAGACCUGCAGUGGGCCUCAUGGAUAACAAACCUCCUCCACUGGACUCCUGGGUGUAAACAUGACAACGUUGCCAGACAAGCUGGUAUCCUGUAACCAUACUUUCCAUUGGUGAAAUAAGGAUUUGUGCCAUUUGAUCACUCUUGUACAGACAAAGAAACAGAUUCAGUUAAAAACUAUUUUCUCUGUUUACAGAAAAUAAUGUGCCAAACAUUUACAUGUAUUUACUCUAUUAUGGAGGUUAUUUGGCAAUAGCUUUGAUGGAUAUUGUCAUUUAAAAUGAUAUACAGGAUGUCUGAGGGUUAUGAAAGUAUGACAUUGGAAAUAGCCUAAGUAUGCAAGCUGAGAUGAAUCUAGACUCCAAAGAAUAUAUGACAUGUAUUAUAUAAAUUUCACUGCUACACAAAAUGAGAUAAGUAAUAAUACCUAUAAAUUGUCAAGCUCUUAAGGGCUGACAGGACAUAUGGAUUUGCUGUUGUCCAUCCCUGUGGGUUCUGGGCUAAAGACGAUUCUGUUAUAAAAUUAUUUAAAAAUAUAUUUUUGGUCAGUGUUUGAGAUAAUUAGGAUUAGGGCCUUUGUUGGCCUAAUUAUUAAAACAUCAAAAUGAUUUAAAAUUCUGACUGUGCAGUCAUUAGAAAAUCAUCUCUAUUCCAUUUGUUUCAAGAUAGGCAAAAUGGGAUUGUAAAUGUGUAACAAAGCACUGUUAAUAUUCAAAGGUAAGGCAUUUAUAUUGUAAUAUUUAUUGUAAUACCCAUAUUAAUAGGUUAUUGAUGUGUAUUAGCUAAUACCUGUCAGAGAUCCUACAUUCAGUACAACUCUGCCUUGCAGUUGUUCUUUUUGCAUUGCAAUGUCGAAUGAAAAGUGAAAAUAAACA